CUUGUCUGCAUUGAUAACAGGAAAGAAGAACUGGAAUUGAUGGUUGUGGAGUGGAAUUUAAGAAGGGGUUUUGUGAAGAGAAGAAGAACUGGGUGGAGGAGCAGGUGAUCGAAGGAGGAAGACUAUGGGCCGCUCUUCAGUGUGGAUCUUUCUACUGUCCCUUUCUCUCUCUCAUCAAAGCGUCACAGCACAAGCUGAAGCAUGCAGGACGGUGGUGCAGGCAGACAUAGUGUUUCUGGUGGAUGAGUCAUGGAGUGUGGGCCAGACCAGCUUCACCAGAGUCAAAGAGUUCAUCUCAACCAUCGUCUCCUCCUACCAGGAUAGUGUGAUGGGCAAUGAGGGGGUCCGCUUCGGAGUCACUGUCUUUGGCGAUGUGCCAAGGAUGCAGAUUGCUUUGACAGACUACAGCUCACUGAAGGAGGUUCUCAGAGCCAUCAAAGACCUCCCCUAUGAGGGGGGAUCCAGGAGGAUUGGCGAUGCCCUCCAGUUUCUGGUUGACCCCGUGUUUAGCCCCGUCAUGAGUCGAGACCAUACCCCAAAGAUCGUUGUCAUGAUCACAAACGGACGUUCGGACGACCAGGUCGACGCCGCAGCCAGAGCUGUAGCUGACAAUGGGAUUUCUCUCUUUGCAAUAGGUGUUAAGGGAGCUGAUGAGUCAGAGCUGAGGAGGAUUGUGUCAGAGCCACAUGAGAAGCACCUAUUACUGGGCACUGACUACGCUCUCCUUCAAACCAUCCUUCCCAAACUGUCACGCAGAGUGUGUUUUACCGCCUCAGAACCACCCCUUCCUGUGAAAACAUCCCCGCCUGUUGAAGAACGUGUGGUGGGUCCCAGAGACCUGCAAGUUAGCGAGUUGGCCCACAGUUCCCUCAGACUGACAUGGAGCGAGGCCACAGGCGACAUCACCGGAUAUCGUCUCCUAGUCGACCCUCUUGGCUCCAGUGGACACCUGCCCCCACAACAGAGACAAGUUGAUCUGAAGGCAGAUGUUAGCACAGCAGUGGUGACGGAGCUGACUCCUACAACCGACUAUUCCCUCACUGUCUACGCCAUCUACCCCAGCCUCAUAGGAGACUCUGCAACAAUCACCGUCCAGACAACCCCUUUGCCUCAGGUGUCAAACUUCCGUGUUAUUGAGGAGGGCCUGUUCUCUCUGCGCCUGGGCUGGACGCAUCCUCUAGGGAAGCUCAACGGAUUCAAGAUCUUCAUCCCAAGAUCCAACCGACCAGGAUUUACUUAUGAGAACUUGCUUCCUGGAGACACCUCUUCUCACGUGAUUGACAGCCUGGAGGAGGAUAAGAAGUAUACCAUCAGUAUUUAUGCCAUUUACCCCCAAGGACAAAGUGAAACGGUUUCAAUAGUGGGCAAGACAUUAAAGCUGGUUCAAGUUCAGAAGUUCCUGGUCCAAAACGCCACCACAGACACCGUCCAGGCGAGGUGGGCAUCAGUUAAGGGUGCCACAGGAUACCGUCUGACAUGGGAAUCCCCAGACCGCCACAUAGAGAGCAUAAACCUUGGGGACAACUUUAACUUCUACAUGAUCCUGGGCCUCCACUCAGCCUCUGAGUACACCAUCACCAUCAACCCCAUCUUUGGAGACAUCGAGGGGCCCAUCACCUCCACCAAAUUGAAGACAUUGGAAAGCAGCUCAGUACAAACUGUGAAGGUGUCUGCUGUGAGCACCAGUACUGCUGUCAUCUCAUGGAACAGCGUCCCAGGAGCCACAGGAUACAGACUGGCCUGGGGACCCACCCCAGAGUUUGUUGGUCGGGACCGUCCCAGGCAGUUGGCCCUGAAUGGUAGCACCACGGAGUACCAGCUGAGGAAUGUAGCGCAUGAUACUGAGUACGUCCUGUCUCUCUAUGUGCUGUUUGGACCUGUGAUGGGACCCGGUAUCAGUGCUACCUUCAAAACUUCUCCUUUGGGCUAUGUGUCCAACUUCAAGGUGUCGUCAUACACCAGUACCUCCGUAGAUGUAGAGUGGAGUCCGAUUGUUGGAGCUACUGAGUACAAACUCUCUUGGAACACCGGUGAUAGCAGCCCUCAGUCCCAUUACCUGGAUCGCGGUGUUCUUUUCCAUCGUAUGGAAGACCUGAACCCACAGUCCACCUACACGAUCACCAUCUGUGCAGUUUAUGGCAACUCAGAGGGACCAGAAAUCUCCUUAUCUCAGCUCACAGCUGCUGUCUCAGGCUCACAGCCAAUCCAGGCAGUGAGGGAAGUGAAGGUUGUGGACAUCGGAGUCAACUCUUUCACCCUGUCGUGGAGGAAAACAUCAGGGGCAUCUGGGUACAAAAUCUCCUGGAUCCCCUUCCUCGGGGGUGAUGAGAAGUCCCAGGUGGUAUCUGCUGCUUCCACCACCUACACCAUCAACAAGCUGCGGGAGAGCUCGGCUUAUAAGAUCCAGGUGUCCUCCAUGGUGGGCAAUAAGGAGGGAAGCCCAGUCCUGCUCACUGCACGCACCUUGGAUCUUCCAAAAGUAAAUGGCUUUGCUGCUCUGAACACCACAGACAGCAGCACUGUUCUGAACUGGACACGUGUGGCUGCUGUGUCUGGAUACCUUCUCUCCUGGAGGCACAUCUCAGUGUUGGAGACUAAAACAGAGACCCUGGGCCCUGGUUUCAGCUCCUAUAAGAUCAGGGAUUUGCUGUAUGGAAGAACUUAUAUUUUUAGCAUCAGACCUUUGUAUGGAGAAGUGGAGGGGCCUAUAAGCACCGUGUAUCAGAGAAUAUUGGGACAGGAACGCCCGGUGGUAACAGUCCAGUCUGUGCCAGCCACAGUCGCCCCUCGUAUCACGACCGCCUCCAUCGCCGACACUACCAUCACUCGCACAGUCGCGAGGACCACCCGGCACCCCAUCGCUGUGCCACCAACUAAAUCCAUAACCACCAAGAAGCCUCCAGGUCAGCCAAGUGUCCCUGUAGCAAAAGCAGCAGAAGUCCCCUCUCUUCGAUUGCCCACACUCCGUGCAGAGACAACAGCUCCGCCAGGACCAGUGUGUGGUAAGACCAAAGCAGACAUAGUAUUCCUUGUGGAUGAGUCCUCCAGCAUCGGUGUCAACAACUUCAUCAAGAUGGAAGACUUCAUAUUCCGGGUGGCCACUUACUUCCCUGUCAUUGGUCCUCAGGGCACACAGAUAGCCGUGGUUCAUUACAGCGAUGAGCCUCGAAUUGAAUUCCGUCUACAUGACUAUAAAGACAGAAACUCUGUGCUCAGGGCGCUCAGAGCACUACGUUAUGGAGGAGGCAACACCAAAACAGGAAAAGGCAUCAGCUACGUUCUGCAGGAACUGUUCCAGGAGUCUCUGGGGAUGAGGCAGGAUGUGGCCCAUGUUCUGGUUCUGAUUACGGAUGGCAGGGCCCAGGAUGACGUGCUGCCACCCUCCAGAAUUGCACGUGCUCUGGGUGUCAGUGUCCUGGCAGUUGGAGUUUCUAAUGCAGACAUCGAGGAGCUGAAUAAGAUAGCUGCACCCACCAGCUACAAAAACAUCUUCUACUCACCAACCUUUGAUGACUUCCCUUCCAUAGAGAGAGAAUUUAUCAAUAUCAUCUGCAGUGAGGAGGUCCUCUCCGAGUUCAAACUUAACGAUGAGUCCGCUCAGUUGGACACCCCGACUGAGGACCCAGAGGAGUUGCUUAAGCCUCAGGGUCCCUGCUCCUCCCAGUGUGUGAAGGGUCAGAAAGGGGAAAGGGGAGAUGGUUCUGGUCUCGGCGGUCUGAGAUUUCAGCAAAGCCCUGGACAGUAUGAUCCUUUUACUUCUUCCAAAGGAGAGAGGGGAGAAAGGGGGCCUCCUGCAACAGAUGGUAUACCUGGAUUGCCAGGACGACCAGGGAGACCCGGAUCCCCAGGUUCGGCCGGCCAACGGGGCCCUCAAGGCCUACUCGGUGAUAUGGGUCUACCUGGACUCACUGGUUCAAAGGGACAGAGAGGAGACAGAGGAGAGCCUGGAUACGUUAUAGCUGGCGCAGAUGCAAAUUUCGUUCCUGGUCGAAAAGGAGAGCCAGGAUCGUCAGGUCCCCAGGGGCCUCCUGGCGUAUCGGGGGUCAAUGGAGCUCCAGGCCUACCUGGCCAGUCAGGACCAGCAGGCUCACCAGGAAUAUCUGUUAAGGGAGAUCCUGGGGAGCUGGGAGCAAAAGGCUUACGUGGGAAGCAGGGUGUGAAAGGAGACAAAGGAGAGUCGGGAAGAGAUGGUAUUGCAGGUUUGCCUGGUCCCAUUGGCAUUGAUGGGGUGCUAGGAUUACCAGGCCAGAAAGGGGAGAUGGGUCAAGAGGGAAUUGGUGUACAAGGUAUUCAAGGUCUUCGUGGAGAGCCGGGAGAGAAGGGAUAUAUUGGUUUAACAGGAACAGCUGGCCCAAAGGGUGAUCGUGGAGAGCAGGGCCUCCAAGGAAUCAUCGGACUUCGGGGGAAGAAGGGAUUCAAUGGGGAGCAAGGGGUCAAGGGAGAACGAGGAGAGAUGGGACCGAUAGGAACACAAGGACCCACAGGACUGACGGGGCCAUUGGGGUUAAAAGGAGACGAGGGUCCAAGGGGAGCCGCUGGAGAUCCUGCCAAGGGUAUAAUUGGCCCAACUGGAAAAAAGGGUGCCAGGGGAGACAUUGGUCCAGUCGGCGCCACGGGCCCCCAGGGAAUAAAGGGUGAACAAGGAGACAAAGGAGACAAGGGAAGUCCUGGUUUUGGGAUUCCAGGACAGCGGGGACCAAAGGGAGAAAAUGGCGAGAGGGGAAAUGUUGGUUUGUCUGGAAAACCAGGACCCAAAGGGCGCGAUGCCUCUAAAGGUGACAAAGGCACCAUUGGGUUAGCCGGCAAUCCUGGAGAAGCAGGAUUAAGAGGUAAAGAUGGUGCACCUGGAACUGGAGAACAAGGAACUAAGGGAGAGCAAGGAUCACCUGGAGAGCCUGGUGACAGAGGAAUUAGGGGUCCACUGGGGUUACCAGGUCGACCAGGGGACCCAGGAGGCAAAGGAGACACUGGGACGUCUGGCCUGUCUGGUACUGAUGGAAAGAAAGGCGACAAAGGGGAGCAAGGAAAACCUGGACCUCCGGGAGGACAAAUUGUUGCAGACAACAACAUAAUGACCAGAAUUAUUAAGGGUGAACCAGGAGAGCCUGGUCAGCCUGGUUUGAGAGGAGAAACGGGUCUGCUUGGACCAAGAGGUCCAGAGGGGAAACCUGGACAACCAGGACCAUCUCUGGGUGGUUCUGCAAGAAAUGGACUUGAUGGUUUAUCAGGGACACCUGGAGUGAAGGGUGACCAGGGGAAAAAAGGAGAGUCUGGUCUGAGGGGAGAUAAAGGAGAUCAAGGACGGGCUGGGAUUGCUGGAAUGCCUGGUUUACCUGGAACUCCAGGGAGACCUGGCAUUGACGGCAAGAGAGGCCUGUCAGGAAAAGAUGGAGAGCGAGCACCGAAAGGAGAUGACGGCGAAAAGGGGGGCCAUGGAGACACGGGUGCAAAUGGUAAAGAUGGCAGUAAGGGGGAACCAGGACCUCCAGGUCUGCCUGGUAGGCAGGUGCUUGUCACAUCCGAGGGCGCCUCCAUUGAUGACAUCCGAGAAGCAUUUCCAAUCCCAAUGGGUCCUCCAGGAGCUACUGGUGAUAAAGGAGAAACGGGCCUGAAAGGAAACACGGGUGAUGCUGGAGCUCCAGGGAAAUCUACUGAGAUGAAGGACAUUGAAGUGAUGUUUGAAGCCUACGGUAUAAGGCUGCCUUUGCUGAAGGCUUUGAUUGACAGGCUGCUGCAGGAUGGAAUAGAGGAUCUGCUUCAUGUGCUUCGCAACUCCAAGAAAACAAAAGAAAACACAGAAACUCACACCUCCAACGUCAUCACUGAGUUCACAAAUUCAGUGAAGUUUGACCUCACCAGCCAGCCGCUGAAAGAGUUGGACACCAUUGAGAACCCUGAUUUAGAUGGACCGCUUCCAGAGUCUUUGACAGUUGACCCUUCAAGUGAAACUGCAGAGGGUCCGACUUUAUGGACCGGGUCCACCCUGAACGGGGAGCGGGAGCUCGACAGGAUUCACAUCAAGUUAAAGGGCUCCAGAGAAAAGGAGAUGGUGGAUGGGAACAGUGGAGGCAUAUCUUCCCUCAAAAUGAAUCUGACACUGGUCAACUCGACGUUCAAUUAUACUGCGACACAGGAGACGGUUUCAGGGUUGCCAGAAACUGUGGCGGAGACUGUCCUCCUCGCUCAGGAAGACUCCCUGAAGAAGAACUCGGGACAAAAGAAGAAGAACAGGGAACGUGGGAAGGGCAAAGGAAAUAAAAGACGACAUAAGAGGCAGAGACAACGCCUGACAAGUGAUGAGGACAAGCAAGAAGAAGAAGAAGAAGAAGAAGAAGAAGAAGAGGAGUUUUAUAACAGCGAAGACUACAGUUAUGAAUACGAGGAAGAACUUUCCCCAAGUGACUCUUCAGUUUCUAAGGAGAGGAAAGACAACAGACAGGAGGAACAAUUACCCACACACAGUCCUGCUCAGUUACAAACAACGGCGGGAGCCUCCAGUCAUCCUCUAACACCCUCCACAGACAGACAAAUAGAUGCACAGGUUCUCUUGACAACCACACAGCCACUAUCUCAACCCACGGGUGGUAUAGAAAAGGAUGAAGUGUCACUGCCUACACCUCCCAUCACCACAGAAGAAGCAGACAAGGUGCCUCGAUUCCAAAUCAGGGUGAAGAAAAGCGCGCCUUGGCCCGACACCAUGGUGUUCAUGCCAGGUGCCCCAGGUGGAAGAAGGCAUUUCAAGGAGGCACAAAAACAUCUGUCCUCUGGAGCUCAAGGUUACAACAGCUGGAAUCAAAAGAUGCAAGAAAACUCUGACCUCCAAACACAUUCCAGGAGGCAGAUGCAAGAGCGGAGGGAGAGGCAGCGACACAGUGAUGCAGAAAGAGAGAUUUAUACAGGAGCACGAGGAGGAGAGGAAGCGACUGAAGUAGAAAAAGUGGAGGAGUGGGAAAUGGAAAAAGAGAAAGGAGUAGAGACAGAUGGAAUUGCAGAAACAGGACCUGGUCCUGUCUAUGGGGAGGAGGAGAGGAGUGGAGACUACGACUGGGAGACGGAGGAGGACGUCGAUCGAGAGAGAGGAGGAGAGGAGGAG